UCAGGGAUGUUCAAGAUGAGACGGUGGACUUUACUUGUCGUGAUUGCUCUUUGUGCGUCUCCGCUUCUUUUGGCUGGUCCUUCCAGCUCUUCAGGUCCAGUCUCAGAGACCCAGAGCCGCUGUGCUGGCCGGGCCUGUAACCCUCCCAUGGGGAACCUCGCCUUGGGCCGAGGACUACUCACCCAGUCAGUGUGUGGAGUCAACUCCACUGAGCCCUACUGCUCCUACCAGCAGAUGUUUAGCUCUACCCCUUCCUUCCACAGAGACACUUCCUGUCCAGCAGCACCCAAAUGCAGCAAGUGCAACGCAGCCCUCCCCCACCAGGCUCACCUGGCCUCUGCCAUGACCGAUUCCUCAUUCCGAUACCCAGAUACCUGGUGGCAGUCUGCCGAGGGGGCGGAAACAGAAACCCUCCAACUAAACCUGGAGACAGAGUUCUACUUUACGCAUCUGAUCCUGGUGUUCCGCUCCCCCCGGCCCGCCACCAUGUUGCUGGAGCGUUCUCAGGACCACGGGAGGACCUGGAAGACCCUCAGGUACUUUGCGAGGGACUGUGAGGACACCUUCGGCCUGGCAGAGGAGGCUCGUGUGAAGGAGAAAGGAGAGAGUGGGGCGGCCUGCACCUCCAAAUACUCAGGAGCGUUCCCAUGUACCCGAGGAGAGGUGAUUUAUCGCGCCCUGUCCCCCAGGUACUCAUUGGACCCCUACGGCCCAGCAGCCCAGACUCAGUUGAUGGUCACCAACCUGCGGGUGCGUCUGCUGCAGCGCCAGCCUUGCCCCUGCCAGGCUAAAGACACAGAUAUCCAGGCACUGCCCACGAACCAUUAUGCCAUCUAUGACUUCAUUGUCAAGGGCAGCUGCCUCUGCAACGGGCACGCUGAGCACUGUGUGCCAGCCAAUGGGUACCGCCCCGCCAGGCAGAGGAUCAAUCACGUGGUCCAUGGGAAAUGUGUGUGUAAACACAACACUGCCGGCGACCACUGUGAGCACUGUGUUCCCCUCUACAACGACCAACCCUGGCAAGCUGCCAACGGCAUCAUAGGAGCACCUCGUGAAUGCAAGAAGUGCAAGUGUAACGGCCAUGCAGAUAGCUGUCACUUUGACCGUGGCGUGUGGCUGGCAUCGGGACGGCGUAGUGGGACUGUGUGUGACGCCUGCCACCACAACACAGAGGGCAGACACUGCCAGAGCUGCCGUAGAGGGUUCUACAGACACCCCAGCAGACCGAGCUCUGCCGCUGACUCCUGCACACCAUGUGCCUGCCACCCUGUAGGGUCUAGACCCGCAAUCUCAGGUGGCCAGGACGUCUGUAAUCCUAGCAACGGGGCAUGCACCUGCAGAUCGGGCGUGGGCGGUCCUCUCUGUGACAGAUGCAUUGUAGGGUUCUGGGGCUUCCAUGGUUACGGGUGCAGACCGUGUGACUGUACAGGUGGGGACUGUGACCCCUACACCGGGGACUGCUUGUCUGGCUCACAUCUGGACGUGUACUAUACAGGAGGUGACAGCCACAUACACAGAGGACCUAGCAGUAGUGAGCUAGCAACACUGUUUAGGGUGGAGGAGCUGUUCUCUGCACUGCACCACUCUGAGAAAUGUCAGUGUAAGGUGGUGCCUAUAGGCAGCCCCAAACUCUUCUGUGCCAACGAGUAUGACUACGUGCUGAUGGUGAGGAUCAUUGCGGCCCAUGAUCAGGGCUCCCAUGUUGAGGUGGAGGUUAAGGUAAAGAAGGUCCUGUACCACGGCAGCCAGGUGAACAUCAAGAAAGGUCACAUCACCCUCUACCCAGAAUCCUGGACCACCCGAGGGUGCACCUGCCCCCUCCUUAACCCAGGAUCAGAGUAUCUGGUGGGGGGCCACGAGGACCGGAGGACGGGUCGUCUGCUGGUGAACACCAAGAGCCUGGUCAAACCCUGGAGGCCCAGCUUGGGACGCAAGCUCCUGCACCUCCUCAACAAACACUGUAGCUCCUCCUCCUCCUCUUCCUCUUCAAGGAAGACUGCAGCAGAGAGACUGCAGAAUGCAAAUGUCUUUAGUCUGCAGAAGAAAAACUAGAGCCAUGGAACAAGAUGAAGAGAGGGAUGGAGAGUUAAAAGUUAUCCAUGUUUUGGUGGAUUGCAUGAGAAGGACGAUGAGCCGAAUAUAAAGACGUGUCAGAGUGUAUUUUUGGAGGAAUGUGGGCUGGACAUGGGGAUACAGCCACAGCUUGGGCAAUAUGGGGAAAGCAGAGCUCUUUCGCCAUUCAGGACCUCAUUUGCCUGUUUCAUCCACAGACCCACGGAACACAUUUCUGAAACGAUGACCUCCACGGCAGGACCAUGAUGGAUAGCGUUCUGUGCUGAACGGUACUGUGUGGCUCAGUUGGAAAGAACAUGGCACUGGCAACACUGAGGUUGUGGGUUCAAUUCCUGCAG